AAGCAUUGCUGUGAAAUUACUGAAAACAUAAGAUGGCAGCCACCUCACUUGUGUUUUUCGUACGGACUCUGUUAAUAGGGUUUUUUACGAUAGUUGCAGAUGCAGCACCAAAGAAUGGUAAAAUAUUCGGAGAAGAAUAUGGUCUGGAGGAGAUUGAGAAGCAACUUAAAGCUAUAAACAAACCUGCAAUUAAGAGUUUCACAACAGGCCGUGGUGAUAUCUUUGACUGCGUGGACAUUAAGAAGCAGCUUGCCUUUGAUCACCCUUUGCUGAAGAAUCACACCAUUCAGAAGGUCCCAAAUUUGGUUUCGAAAAGAAAGAAUGCUCCUAUUCGAUUUGAGUGCCCACACGGGACAGUGAUUGUCAAGAGAAUUACAAAGCAAGAUCUCCUUAGCGCACACAAAUUGAAAUCCACUGGAUUCGAAAGUCUGAGUCUCCAAACCAAUGGUAUACGCCCAAAUGGUCAUCAUUCUGCAGGGCUAGGAUACAGAGGCCAAGUUUCUGAAGCAAGUGGACAAAUAAACGCAUGGAAUCUUAGUGUGUCACCUGGACAAUUUAGUCAAGCACGCGUUUUGGUCUCCAGACAGUACAAUAGUAUCCAGGCCGGUUGGCAGGUCAACCCAGCUCGGAAUACCUCCACUCGCUUCUAUACAUACUGGACAGCAGAUGGUUUCAAGAAGAGAGGAUGUUUCGAUAUGCAUUGUCCUGGUUUUGUCCAAACUAGCCGAACAAAUCCACUUGGUACUUACGUUGAUGCCUUUUCUCUUCGAGAUCACAGGCAGUAUUACAUAGAUGUCAAGAUAAGCCGGGAUCCACGUUCACAAAACUGGUUGCUAUUUUACGAGAAAGAGGCAAUCGGUUACUGGCCUAAAGAAUUGUUUACAGCACAAGGCUUAGCUCAGGUAGCAUCAUAUGCAUCAUGGGGAGGAGAAGUCUAUAGCCCAAUUGGUGAGAAGAGCCCACCUAUGGGAAGUGGGAGUUUUGCACAAGAAGGGUACGGAAGAGCGGCUUUUGUCAAUGCCAUUAACGUGAGGGAUGGUUUAUGGAGACUUACCAAACCAGUCGGUGCGAAGGUUUACGCGGAUCAACCAAAAUGUUAUAAUGCAAAAAUUUUUGCGAGUGGUGAUGGUGAACCUUGGACCACUUCUGUGUUCUUUGGAGGUCCUGGGGGUUGCUAAUUAAAGUUAAGAAUUUGGAUUAAGUUUAUGGUUUAAUGAAAAAAAUAUUAUCUUAAA